GAGGGGCGUGGCUAAAGGGCGGCCCCAGCCAGCCAGCGAGCCAGUCCUGCCUGAGCGGCGCAGGUGGCUCGCGGGCGGAGAGAAGGCAGCGGGAGAAGCGAGAGAGCCCUGUCGCUCUCUUUUUUCCUCGCUCUCUCUCCGUGUCUGCCGCGCGCCUCUUGGGCUGGAAGCCGCGCGCGCGCCCUCUCAGCAGAAAGGACAAACUUUUCCUCCUGCUGAGGCGAAGAAGAACGCGGGAAAUCCACUUUAAUUUUUUUUUUUGAAGGAGACUUUUUUUUUUGAGGGGGACGUGGGCACCUUUUGGAGAUGGGAGUCCCUCCUGUGGCGCCCGACUUGUUAUGGAGCCGGCUUUUGAGGCUUCCCUUGGGUUUUACCCCCCCGUGAGGCGCCACCUGCUGGAGAUGGAGUUUGGAGCAAAACUUGGAAGCUUGGGAACUCUUCCGAGAGGGCAGUAGAGGCUGCCAUGUGCGCCCGCUUCCUCUUGAUCUGAGCAAGGAGCCGAAACUCCUCAUCUUUGCCUUGCUGCUCUUUCCCUCUCUGCUCCAGACCAUGGCUGGCUUCAUCCUGAGGGAAGGCGCUCUCCUGGGCCUCUUCCUGAUGCUGACUGAGGCGUUUGCUCCCCUCUCUGCAGCCUCCUCCUCCUCCAAAGCGGUGACCUGCCAGGAGAUCACGGUGCCCAUGUGCAAAGGCAUCGGCUACAACCUGACCUACAUGCCCAACCAGUUCAACCACGACACGCAGGACGAGGCCGGACUGGAGGUGCACCAGUUCUGGCCCCUGGUGGAGAUCCAGUGCUCGCCAGACCUCAAGUUCUUCCUGUGUGCCAUGUACACCCCCAUCUGCCUGCUGGACUAUGCCAAGCCCCUGCCCCCCUGCCGCUCGGUCUGCGAGAGGGCCAAGGCCGGCUGCUCCCCACUCAUGCGCCAGUACGGUUUCGCCUGGCCCGAGCGCAUGGGCUGCGACAAACUGCCCCUCCUGGGUGAUGCCGAGCAGCUCUGCAUGGACUACAACCGCACUGAGGCCGCCCCUGCUUCCGCCACUACCACUUUCCCCCCCUUUGGCACCAAGCCCACACGCUCAAAGGCCAAAGGGGGCUACAAGGAGAAAGCGCCCUUUGACAGUAGCAGUGGUACAUGCAAGAGGGUGUGCGAAUGCCGGGAGCCCUUGGUCCCCAUCUCUAAAGAGACCCACCCGCUCUACAACAAGAUUGAGACGGGCCACGUCCGCAACUGUGCCAUCCCGUGCUUCCAGCCCUACUUCACCCAGCACGAGAAGACCUUUGCCACCUUCUGGAUCGGCCUGUGGUCCGUCCUCUGCUUCGUGGCCACCUUUGCCACGGUGGCCACAUUCCUCAUUGACAUGGAGCGCUUCCGCUACCCGGAGCGGCCCAUCAUCUUCUUGUCCGCCUGCUACCUUUUUGUCUCCAUUGGUUACAUCAUCCGGCUGGUUGUGGGCCACGCCAACGUGGCCUGCAACAAGGACUACAAUCACAUCCACUAUGAGACCACGGGGCCAGCUCUCUGCACUGUGGUCUUCCUCCUCAUCUACUUCUUCGGCAUGGCCAGCUCCAUCUGGUGGGUGAUCUUGUCGCUCACUUGGUUCCUGGCCGCUGGGAUGAAGUGGGGCAAUGAGGCCAUUGCCAGCUACUCCCAAUAUUUCCACAUGGCUGCCUGGCUCAUUCCAAGCAUCAAGUCCAUAGCGGUGCUGGCUCUGAGCUCAGUGGACGGUGACCCGGUCGCUGGCAUCUGCUAUGUUGGCAAUCAAAACUUAGACAAGCUCCGGGGCUUUGUUUUGGCUCCGUUGGUGGUCUACCUUUUCACUGGGACCAUGUUUCUGCUGGCAGGGAUUGUGUCGCUCUUCAGGAUCCGGAGUGUCAUUAAACAAGGAGGCACCAAAACGGACAAGUUGGAGAAGCUCAUGAUCCGUAUUGGCAUCUUCACCGUCCUUUAUACCGUCCCGGCGACGAUCGUGGUGGGAUGCUACAUCUACGAGCAGCACUAUCGGGAGACGUGGGAGAUGGCCCAGAACUGCUCCUGCCCCGGGGACAAGAACAGGUUGAGGCCGGACUAUGCGGUCUUCAUGUUGAAGUACUUUAUGUGCCUGGUGGUGGGAAUCACCUCGGGGGUCUGGAUUUGGUCUGGCAAAACCUUUGAGUCGUGGAAGCGGUUCACGGGGAGGUGUUGUCGGAGUGGAAAGCCUGUGAGUUCUGCCAUGUAUGGGGAAGCCACUGCGGCUCUAACGGGGAGGUCUGGGAUGCCCAGUUCUGCUUCAUACCACAAACAAGUCCCGCUCUCCCAUGUAUGAGAAGCACCUUGCUGGGUCUCACAUACACGCAAGACGGGGAGCAGGUAAGCACAGCUCGGCUCCCAGCUGGAAAAGGUUUGGGAGCGUCCCUAAAGAGUCUGUGUCUCCUUGUGGCUUCAUCUUGAAUUCUGAAAAAGAAGAGGGACUGUGUGUUGUGGCAGUGAGCAGAUGCCACUUUGUGUUUCAAAGGUGGAAGGUUUGCUACACCAUAACAUGGUCUGUGUUCUGCCUCCUUUCUCGGAAAGCGGGCAAGUAAGGAGUGCAGGAGGCCAGAUUGUGAGUUGCAUGCAGGAUGGAUCUGUGACCUUUUUAAGAACAUGGGAGAAUGGCUUAAAGAUUGAGGUUGUUAAUGAAAUAAUUGGAGCUGGGGGAGAAGAAAGAGAAGGAGACCUGCUUGAGCUUCCCACAUCCUGCUUUGUAUUGCUCCAAAGGAGGCCCUGGCUUCUCUCUUUCCUCAGUGUUGAAACAAGAGGUGUGAAUGGGCUGUUUUGACAAACAGGAGGAAGGAUCAAGGCAUGGAAGUUACUUCAGGGCUCCUGCUGGGUGGGAGAUUCUGGAAAUUUUAGUCCAAAGGUAAAUUUCUCAAGAUGUGGUGACACAUUGAGCAGCCCUUCCUUUCUAUUUAGCUGCUCUCUAUUUCAGGAAGCCUUGACAAUGCGCCCACAGAUUUGUCUGCUCACAAGUAAAUCAGGAAGGUUUACUUCCAAGUAGACAGGGAUAAGAUUGCAGCCAGCCGAAUAUUCUAUGUCUCCCAUGCAAUGCGUCCUUUAGCCCUGAAGAUGCUAAUUUACUUAGUUGGAGUAAUCCUUGUUCACACCCUUUUCAGUGGGUCAGACCUAACUGUAAUUUUAUAAUGCAUUGGUUCUUAAAGUUUGUCAUAUAAAGAAACCCAGUUUCAAAGGAGGGCUCUGCUUUUCCAAAAAUAGUGGGACGUGGAACUUAGAUUGAGCAGAGUCUGAUUUUAGAUUUCAUUUUUGGAGGGCACCCAUUUGCCAUGAAUUUUACUCAUGCCUUUGCCAAAUUGAAUGCCAGAGUCAAAUGACAUGUAGUCAUUUUCCAAACUACUGUCCUUGUCCUGGUAUGUUGCCUUGGCUUAACUACUACUAGAGAGGGUUGAGAUGCAAGAUGGUGGUUGGUUUCAAUGAAAGUUGCAAUCCUAAGACUUCUUCCACACAGUUGUAUAAAAUCCACAUUGAAUUGGAAUAUAUGGCAGUGUGGACUCAGAUAACCCAGUUUAAAGCAGAUAUUGUGGAUUAUCUGCCUUGAUGUUCUGUGUUAUAUGGCUGUGUGGAAGGGCCGUCAAGCUCCCCUGCCUAGAAGCUGAGCAUGGAAAAUGUAUUACUUUGGACUAUCUCUCCUAAAUUCUUCCAGCAAUGCAACCUUGGGGACGGUUUGUAUUCCAGGUCCAAAAGAUAAUGUUUUUGGGGCUCUACCAGUAAAGAAGUGUCAUGGAAUUAAUUGUGUUUACUUGUGAGUAGGCAUCCACUGCACUUUUUGCAAAGAUUUUCCUCAUCUCAGUACCAUUUCUUUAGACAUAAGAAAUCCAAAGAGCAACCAGAGGGUGAGGCAAGCAAAUUGCUUUAUGCUUCAGCAGGCCAGCAUUUGGUUUAUUUAGAAGCCUGCUUCACUAAGUGAACUGAUUUACUCUCUUCUCUGUGAGUUACCUUCCCAACAUUGGUCACAGCCUUAAAAGACAUGGGCAUGUUUUAAAUUUCAAACGCCAUAUUUUGCCCUUGCCUUCAUGCUCCCUUUUUGGCUAUUUAUCCUCCGAUUUGCCAUUUGUGAGAACAAUGUUUUUCUGUCAUUUAAUGUUUCAUAACUGUUUUGAACAGGAAGAAAAUCAAGUGUUUUUUUAAUGCCUUUUCCCUGAUAAAAUGAGCCUCUGCCUCAAGUUCAGUCUUUUCUGACUGAAUUCAGUCGCAUCAAACCAUUGUAAGCAAGACAAUCAGCCUUCCUCUCUGCAGAAGGGAGACAGGACAAUCCAGAGUUUUGAAGCACUGACUGCAGACGCCUUGUAAAGGAAGCUGCUCAGCUUGUAACCAGGAUUUGGAAAUGUAUCAUUUUGGGCAACAGCUUUUAAACCCCACAUUCCACAUGGAAGUGGCCUUUCUGCUACUGCUUCUGCAAUCUAUUGCCCAGAAAAGUCACGAUUCCAAGCUCUCUCUGGAACUUUUAAAAUGUAUAUCCCAAGCCUUCUCAUAGGACCCCAGAGGAGUCAGUCUUUCAAAGCCGCAGCAAACUUGCCUGAGAUACAGUGGGAGGGGCUGUCAUUCCUUUCCCAAUGUGAAAUGUUUGCACUUUAAUUUUACAUAAGAAAGGCAGUUGGAUGGUGGGUUGAAUCUCCUCUGCAAAGAUGGGUAGCUUUUUGAACAGCAGUCAGAGUGAGGUUCCUCUCAUUGGGAAACAGGGAGGGAAGCCGAUUUUAAUGUCUGUCUGCAGCAGGCAUGGGCAAACUUCAGCUCUCCAAGUAUUUUGUACUUCAAAGUUAAGACCCAAACACCUGGAGGGCUGAAGUUUGCCCAUGCCUGGUCUACAGGGUGAAGCCAUUCUAGAAGACUUUGAGAUAUUUCAGACAUCCAUGCAUUUUGCUCUUCCUUGGGGAAGGUAUCACCAUGACCCAAGAAAAAUGCGGGUUGAAUUCCAGCUAGUGUGCUUCCCCACAAACAGACUGCCAUCAUGUCCGACCACUGCAGCAGCUCUAAGACUAUCAAAUAUUUUUCCAGGCAGUGCUUUUCUAUGGAUUUCAUUUCCCCACUUAGUCACUGGAAGAAUGAAUCAUCCUUAACUCGCACUCUCUCCCCUCUAAUCAAACCAAUGCAACUAAGUCGCCCUGAAUUCAUUGGGUAUUCAUUUGUGUAUGCUGUCACAAAUGCUUAUAUUUGCUUAGUUUUUAUCCAGAGAUGUUGAAGGAGAAAUAAAUAGCUACUGUUUUUUUCUAUAGUUGCUGGUGUAUUUCCUUAGAUAGGAUGGUGAGGUUCCAAAUAGUUUCUGACUUAUGGUGUCCAUAAGGCAACCUUAUCAUGGGGGUUACUUGGCAAGAUUUGUUCAGAGGGGGUUUGCCUUUGCCUCCCUUCAGAAGCUGAGAGUGUGUGACAUGCUCAAGGUCUCCAGUGAGUUGCCAUGGUGGGUUUCCAGUGUUCAAACCAGUACAAAACUAGCGCUCAUUUAGAUUUUUGAAAACUUCAGUUUGGUUAGUCACAUUUGAAGGGCAGGGUGGCUGGUCACUUACAGCUACCUCUCUGUUCCAAACUUACAUUCAGGUUGGGGCAGCUGUGGAUUGCCAAACGUUUGUGGCCUACAAUUCCUAUCAGUCUUUCCCAGUAGUUUAUGAGGAAUUGUGGUAGUUUUAGUCCGAAAUAGCUAAACAUCCAGUUUCCCAACAUUUCAAUCAGAUCUUUCCAGUAUUCCUGCUGUACUCCACUAGCAGCUUGCUUAGAUUUAUUGGGAGUUACCUUAACAUUCCUUAACUUCUUCCCCAAGGAUUCUUACCGUAAAGAGUAAGAUGCAUGAAUUAAUGUGGGCUCUUACAUUAGGACAGCAUGAGAAGAGAGAGCCACCAGCAGUUCUUUUCCGAUGCUGCUGAGAUGGAGGCAAUCUGUAGGUCUUAAGACUCCAGUCUUUAUCUGACCCUGGCAUUCCACAUCUGCUCCUCACUGCUAGGGUUAGUCAAAAGGAAUAUGCAGCUUGGAAAGGUCACAUCCAGUUCCUGGACCGGAUGGCUGUGGCACUGGUGAUGUCAAAUGUUAAGUGCACAGGCACUGAGGGGAGAAGGAAGUUCAAGGCAAGCUACUGGGGCAAGGGUGGGAACUUUUCCCCUUUCCCACUUGAAGACCACUGAAGGCAGAGGAAAGUUAGGUUGGAGACUGAGGCCAAAUUUUCUGCAUGUUUUCUGUUUGUAGUGACUAUACCCAACUCAGUCUUUUAUAGUGUUUUUUCAAAAUAGCUACAUUGAGCUACAGACAGGAAUUUUAUCCUUUGGAGCAACUAUGUUUCUUUUUGCCGUAUGGCAAUCUGAGUCUUCCUAACUGACUCUCAAAUGUGAUGUGGCAACAAGCCAUUUAUGGGCUGGCUUCCACAUCAUCCACAUGGAGUGUGAACCUCAGCAGCAGGUAUUAUACCUGCCAUACAAGAUCCCACGUCAGGUGGAUCCUACUCCAUAAAUGACUUGUUACAACACAUUUAAGCUGUGAGGAGACUUCAUGGUUUAUUUACUUCCAUCUACUGAGGUAAAAAUUUGGAAGCACAUUACCUCUUGGUUCUUGUAGCAGCCAAAGCCUAGGCAGCAUGAUGGAAGUUGCGGUCUGACCCCAGAGAGGUCUAAAGUAUCUGCUACUUAAAAAAAACAAAAAACUGUUGUGUUGGCUUUCCAAGACAGCUUUGUUUGUUAGAUGCUGCAGAGCAGUGUCAUUAAUUAAAACAAUUGUUUUUGUCUUAAGCGUCACUGACUUGUAAUUGCUGCUAUUCUUUUUUCCAUGAAGAACUCAUGGGCUACUGUAUACCUUAGCAAUGAGACUUCUCUGUAGACUCUUUAACAAUAAAAAGACCUGGGAGGGCUGGUAUACCUUGACAGGUGUCAUAAAGUGCAUCAGUACUAAGCAUUCUGAAAUUCCCAGAUAAGAUUUGCUUAAUUCCUGAAAUCAGCUGACUUUCAUACUAUUACCCCAAUUUAUGUAUCAAGAAAUAAUUCAUCAACCUUCUCUCCCUGCUCACAUUACUAGGAUGUGUUUCCUAGUAAUUCAAACUUUAUCCAAGUUUGGUUUCUAUGUACGGCUCCAGUGGUGCAAUUUGUCAGGGAGGAGAAUUUGGCAUCUUUCAAUCUGUGCCCACUUUUCUGGCCAAAGCAAUAACUGAAGUAAAAAGAACUUAAUUGAAUUUAACAAGUUGCUACUUACUGGUGCACCAUCCUAGAUUUUGAUUUUUGAGAAAUCUCACCUUUAUACCUUUUGCGGAACACACUGUAUUGUAUGAACAUGCGCGGCAGCUUACGUUCCUAAAAAGAAAAAGUACCUCAGUGGCUAGCUUUACAUCCUCCCAUUACUUCCCCAAGAAGGAAACUGCAGCAAACUAGAUCAACCCCCCCCCCCCCCAAUUUUCAAACCCCCCUCUGAAUUUUUUUUCUGGCUGCGGCCCAUAGCCUUGUAUUUUCUUCCCCAAAUAACACAGAACAACAUAUCUUUUUGGCAAGGUUUAAGAAAUACAAAUUGUAUUACGUAUGAUAAAGGCAGUUGGGUGAGAACUUUGAAAAUCCUCACCUCUCUUUUAAUGCCUACUUUUGUUUUUCAAUGUUAAUUAUAUGCUGUGUCAGGAGAAUGGAGGUCUGGUGAAAAAAAUGUUUAUCACAGUGCCCAAAGAAGGGGAAAAGGCCGUUUGGCCUUUGUGCCUUUGUGUACAGGUUUAGUCCACUAAAUCAGUCUUGUUCAAUUUAUGGAACUCUCACAUUGCAUAUUAUGACUAACUACUUGACAAUCUCCUUUAUGCCACAUAGCUAACGAAGCAGCUGUGGAGCUGCUGGAAGAAGGAAUUAGUUGAAAUGCUAUUUUUCAGAUCUGAUUCCAGUUGAAAAUGUUUGCCUGAUAUUUCUCAACCUUGAUAUACAACCAAUAAUUUAAUACAAAUAGAGCAGUAUCUUUAUGAAACACAAACAAGAAACGCUAUGCUUUCAGUGUUUUAGAAACAUGCUGUUUGCUGUAAGAAAACUGAGAGGGUGAUAGCUGCUUAUAUAAUUCUAAAUUAACAAGUAAAACUAGAAAUUGUAUCCCAAAGGCAGAAGACUGUAAUGUACAGAAUACCACUAGUUUCGCAAGGGUUCCUUUACUCAAGAUAUUGUGUACUCUUAAUAUUUUUCAAAACUAAAUUGCACCAUGUAGCUAUAACAUGUAAAUAGUUGUAUUAUACAUAACUGAAUCCCUAGUGAGCCUUUGAUACGGGUUGGAACAGGAUGUAAAUUCUCACGCUGCCAAUGAGAAGUCUGUGGUACAAAUAACAGAAUGGAAACCUGGGGCAUUAAAUUGCUGUACUUGAUGUUAGAUUCAUGCUUAGGUUGUGCUGCUCUUUCAGUUGUGCCUUGUUGAGAUGGAGCUACUGCUUGCAAUAUGAUCAACAAUACCAUGCCAAAACAGUUUAAAAAAAGAAGACAGAGUUGAUUCUGUAAAAAGCUUUAAGAGGAAAUAAACCAACUUUGAACGGUCAACUUAAUAAAUGCCUAAACAUGA